AUGACUGUCUCCUGGAAAAUGUCAUGGCUCUUCUGUAUCUUUUCAUUACUCUAUACAAUUGGAGGUAAAUAUUUAUUUUCUGUUAAUAAUUAUGAUCUAAAACAUAUGUCAGCUUGACACAGACUGGACUAAAGUCUGGAGUUCUAUGUGUUGAAGUUCUUGCAAGUUACUUAUUUUAAUAAAGAUGUAAAGUGGUUUUCUUACUCAGUGAUUUUGACAAGAAAGUCUUUUUUUUUCCUUUUAGGAAUAAAUACAUUUAUUUGUAUAUACAUUUCUGUGAGGUUAAUGAAGCCUGUAAAGGUCUGAAUUAUAAUACCAUAAAACCUUUCAAAGAUCUUAGUUUUACAGCCCCAUUUAUCAGUUAUUGGCAGUAGUAGUCUUGAUGCUGUGGGACAGAAACUGAGCAGCCUCUACAAACUGGUGUUUGAAGGUUUAAUAUGAAUCCAAAAGCAACGUAGCAUACACUGAACAUUUACUCUUUCCAACCAGUUCUAGCUGUUUUCACUUAGUUCUGUUAUUUACAGGGCACUGGAAAGUGCAUGUAUUUCAUUUCAAAAUAAAAGCAUACAGAAAAUUUCAUAAAAGCAAGACAGUAAAAAUGUCCAAAUAAAAGCAUCACAAACUAUUGCUUCAUGAGACAUUCACAUCUCUAAAAUGUUUUUGCAGUGGGGCUGGUGACACAGAUCAAACAUAAUUUAAUCAUUAGUAAAAGCGUGGGAGGACAUGGGAGUCAGUCAGUUGUGUUCAUUAUCAACAUGUUUAAAGGAAUUAUUUCCUUGUCUUGCCUUUAAAUAUAAUUAUGAAAUAUUAGUUUUUAAUAAACAUUUGAAUAAUAUUGUUAAUGCCAUUUACUGAUUUUACUGAUUCUGUAUUCUGAGUAUUCGGUGGUUUUAGCAUUGACUUAUCAGGCACUACUAGGCUUGGGAGUAUUUUAUUGUCCAUCAUCACAAAUCUGACAACCAUUUACCUGUUUUUAUAAACCACUGGCCAAGAUUUUUUCUCUAGAUAAAAAAACUUAAGCAACAAAGCAUUUUAACCUGACUGAAUCUCUACUUUAAAAAGUCAGAAACAUGUUGUUGUGAUUUCACAAAUUUAAAACCCAGGUUAAUAUCACUAAAUUCCUCUGUCAGGCUUUUACUGCUAAAAUAAACCACAGUGUGUAGAUUUUGCAAGUGGAGUCUAAGCUUUGCUGCAAAUGAGUUAAUCAUCAGCAUGUCAUGAUCGUUCUCUGCUAUGCAACACUGACAGAAAACAAGUUUCUUUGUGCUGUUAUUUAUUACCCUCAGUGCUGCCAUGAAAGGGUGAAACAAACCAAACAGAUGCAACUCAGUGUAGUCAGCCUAAAUUGAAUGUAAACAACCCAGAUUGGUGAAGACACAGGAAGAGAAAACUAUUUUACAUCUCUGUUCUCACUCUUUAAAGACGCAACAAUAGAAAGAAACAUUUAAGGAAAAAUACAAGUGUUUCUCCUCUUCAAGUCUUUAGAUGUUCACAUGUGAAGGAUUAGUCAAGAUAAAUGAGUGUUUGAGUUUCAGUCUUGACAAAACAAAACAAACGUCCCUUAAGUAUUUACGUUCCUUGAGCAAACUGGAACUUGUCUCAACACUGAUUUGAACAAAGACUCUUAUGUGUUUCAUUCUCUCUGUUCUGGGUGAAUUUAAAGUUCGGCAAAAGUUACUGGUCUGAUUUAUUGAGUUGCUCAUGUUUUUCUAAUCUUUGUUUUCAUAUAUUGAAUUCCACUGCAUGAUAAAGUCAUGUUAUUUUAGCUUUGAACAGCUGCAGUAGGUUAUUUAUCAGCUCGAGCACAUAUUUAUCACAGGGCAUAACCCAUAUUAAUCCAUAGGGCAUAAAAAGAACAUCCAAGAGAGGCAGAGUCUCAUGAAGUAAAGAAGAGGUUUAGUUCUCUGUGGCACAUCGCAUGGUCGUCAAGAGUUCAGAAUACUGUGUCUGAGUGUAAAACACUUUAAAAAAAGAGGAUUUUAUGAUAGAGAGUGUGUAUGAAUGAUUCUGGAAAUCUAGAGGUAUCUCAGAACAGAAGGGACAAAGUCAGUAACUUAUACUGAGAGACAGAAAUUUUUCACUGCAUGGACUCAAAAUCACUUAAAAAAACAGUGUUCAUUGCUUCCACAAGUCAGGUUAAAAGUGCUCCAUGUAUAGAGGAACAUGAUCCACAGACACCAGAGACUUCUCAGAGCCCACUCAAGAUGGACUAGGGCAAAGUGAAAAACUGACCUGUAGUCUGACUUUCCAUGUAUAACAUUCUCUUUGGAAAUCAUGGACGCUGUAUCUUCUGCUCUAAAGAGAGAGAGGCCACCUAGUAUGUUGCAACAAGCAACAAAUGAGAUCGUGAACUGUUGGGCAGCUUGACUCCUUUAUCUGACAAGAAUGGGAUAACAGUUCACCCUUAAAACUGGGUUCCCAAAUGUUUACACAGUGUUAUCACAAGAGGUGAUGCAGCACAAUGGUAUACAAGCCCUGUCUCCUCAUUUGAAACAUGUUGCUGGCAACAAAUUUAACAUAGAUUUUAAACAAAUGAACUUAAACCUCAUUAAAUCCUUAAUUUGUACCUCUGUACUAUGAGAUGGCAUGGUGCAGCCAAACAGCACCCUCUCAUGAUCCAGAGUCCUGUGCCUCCAGACCAUCCAGAGUGUAUUUAUCAGAAUAUAAUGAUAAACUUUCCCCUGCCUGUCACAUUGUCUCUUUCAGCUUCAGCGGGUCCAGAUCAGUUCCAGCUGAGGCCUCUGAACACCAACGCGCUGCAAGGCUCUGAUGUGAGUUUCAACGCCUCUGUGCAGGGAAGCUGGCAGAUUAUGACCUGGAUGGUCAGAGAUCUGCUGGUUCUCACCAUCCCCUUCAGCGGUGACAUCACAUCAAUCUCAAAGAGGUUUACAGCCAGAUUCUGCUCUGGGGACCCCAGCUGUGUGGAGUUCACCAUCCGCAACGUCAGCCGUGGAGAGGCUGGGUCUGUGGUCUGCACAGUGCAAGGGGAGUUCGGCUCAAAGACGGCAACGCUGAUUGUACAAGGUGAGGUCAUGAAUGUUUAUCAGGGUACAGCGACAUGGUUACAGUUAUUUACUGUUUACAGACACUUGCUGUGAUUUGACACUUGGCUUUACUGUGAUUGUUAGACACUCCUUUGAAGAAAAAGGUCCCAAAACUAUGCAGUCAAUAGCCUUUUAGGGUUAAAAAUUCAAACUGCAAAGUUUGAUGUUGAUAUUUUUGUGACUGAAUAAUUGUUUUGAUUAAGAUAAAAUUAAAACAUCUCAUUUUGGUCAUCUUUAAAUGGGGAACUUUGGAUUUUUGCAAUAUUUCACAUCGUUUUACAUUAUUCAGAGAACUGGUCAAGACUUUUAGAUUAAAAAUGACGACAGCAAUUUUAUCUUCUGUAAUCAAAAAAUUUGAAAUUUUAAAUAUUCUGAAUUGAUAUAAACUUUGCCAUAAUAUUUUACUCCAAGAGUUUACCACUAAAGUUUGUAAAAAUGAUACAAAGAGGAACAAAUAUUAAGCUAGUGAAAUCGCUUGAUAACAGCAGAGGUCCAGGCGUAGAAGACCUUCUGACUGAGCAUGUGCCAUUAGAGGUCUAACUGUUAGUUAAGCAUAUCAAACUCAUAGAGUCGACUUUUUACAGUUUGUGAAAAAAGGUAUUGAAUAAAGGACAACUUUCACUGAUGAGAAAGUCUCAUUUUCCCCAAAGUGGAGGUCCAACUUCUAUUUGAUUUUCACCUUCAUCGCCUAAAAUCAAAACAAAACAAAACUGUUUUUCCCCUCUUUAUGGGGAAGACACUUAUUGCUACUGCCAUGUUUUUUUUUUUGCAAAUGUGCUCUUUGGCUGAGGCAGCUGUCAGAAAGCAAUGUCAGGAAUCUAAGUCACAUUGUCACAGUAUACUGUGUGCUUUCAGAGUUCUUGCAAUUGGAAAAAUCAAGUUUCUCAAACUGGAAUGAGCCCUUACACACUUACACCAUAUGAUGUUUAUGUGCACAAACACAAACAUAAAAUACUUAUAUAAACCCUAAUCGAAAUCAGGAUGCUUUGAUAAGCUUAAGGCUUCCUCUUUCAUACUAUCAUCAACAAGCCCCUUAAGGUGUGAGCUGUAAUGACCACCAUUAACUCUAGAGGGCAGCAGUGUAUGACAGCAAUAUGGAUGCUCUUCUAUACAGUCUCUCUUGCUCACACUGACAUGAAUAUAUAAUUGCUCACCUGUUAUCCUUGCUGUUAGCAUGAUAAUAGAGGACUCAUUAUCUCCCACUCACCUUUAGAAAGGAGCUGCGCUUAAUGGAGGAACUGUGCUCGUUUCAGUCAACUUAAAGUGAUUUUCACCCUCACAGGCACAAGAUGAAGCAGGAAUCUCCACUUACCGAGGCUGUUUUUGUGAGUGGGUGUGUGUAAUGACUUCUUUCUCAGACUAAAACAACCUUUUAUACUCUAAUUGUUGUUGCUUCUACAGAGAGAAGUUGUUCUGUUGUGCAGACAGAGUUAUAAAACCUCCUGCAUCAUGAACAGAGCAAAAAAUAAAACUCAGGAAUGGCUUUCUUUCUUAUUACUACAAAAGGUGGCCACAGUAAUAACUUCUGCAUGUGUUGUCUUGUUUAGAGAAAUUAUUACCUCAUCAGUCAUUUCCUUCUUUCUCUGAGAUAAAAGUGGGAUUAAAGCAUCAAGCUCAGCAAACACAGUGAUCUAUUACCACAGCCCUCUCAACGACAGUCUGAAGCACCAAUCACAGACAGGAACUGCACUUCAUUAAGCUGCACACAAACGUGACUUGGACUUAAAUGUCCCAAAAUGAUCUUGAUAUAAGCCUUACCUCAGCCUGGACCACACAACUCUGCCCACCACACAAACAAGUGUGCAACUUUGGCUUUGGCAGAUUCACAUUUGGCCAAGUUGGUGGUGAGAUGCCUUACACUGAUAUAAUGCACAGAUAUGAUCCACAUGAGAGUGUAGAGUGUAUUAAAAAUGGCCAAUUAAUCAAGAUAAACUGUAGAAGCCUUUAAAUCUGAAACAACAUAAUUUGUCAGAUGCUGAAACAAUGCAAGAGCUACUUUCAGACCAAUUAGCAUCAUCUUGUCUGGAUAACAGUCUGUUCAGUCUGUACAAUCAUCCAUUAGUAACCCACAGUCUCUGCUGGCUGUCCAGUGAUGGUAUCUCUCUUCACUCCCCUGAGACUCUGUGUUGUGUCUCUGUGUUUAUGUUUGUAUGUAUGGGCAAUGUGAUACAAAGAUGAAGAAGCACUGGAUCCAGGAUUCAGUCUGUGGUUGAGACCUGGACAAGAUUUAUUAGUUCGCAGGUUCUUGCUUAUCACAGUGGCUGCUGGCUUCAUCACCUUUACAUAGAAGUGCAAACAAAAUCUGCUUCAGGAAUUAAUCUUUGACAUGAACACCAAUCAGACUAGUACAGAGAGUAAGGGCCACAUUAGAUCAUUUUUUUCAAAAUUUUUUUGUACGUCAAAGAUUAAAUAUCAAGUUUCAGUAAAAUCAUAUUUAAAGGCAUUUUAAUACCAGCAGCUGGCUGCCAACCAUGAACUCAAACAAUGACAUGAUCACGAUUUUAUUCUCAUAACAUGAGAAUAAUGUUAUGACAUCACCACCUGUAUACAUAACAUAGCAUAAUGUAACAUAACAGCAUGGUUUUAUUUUACUUUUUUUAAUCUGUAAAAAAAAAUGUUUUUUCUCUAACGCUGCCCUUAUAUAUACUCCACUGUAUCUAUCGAAAUCAAAAGGGGCAUCAAAAAUAUCGUUUCCUUGCUAGUUAAGAUCUACACAGUAUUAAAUUGACGGCAAAUAAAUAAAUAGACAAAUAACUGAAUGAAAUAUAACUUUAUCCUAAGUGUAAGCGCUUCACCUGGCUUUGCUACCUAUUGAUAAACGACACAUGAAAACACUUUUACAUGGUGGGACACAAUUUAGUUUUCACCCACAAACUAUAGGUUAGUAUCGUAAUGAACUUCAUGUGUUCACAAAUUCACCUAAUGUGAUGUUUAAAUCAUGUUUUCUUCAUAAUUCUGGCUGCUGUUUACAACUUAACUUCACACAGAAGAGCGAAACAAAAGCUGAAAAAUAUGGCAACUGACACAAGUAUGGUGUCCAGCGUGGGACAAACAGAAGGAAAAGCAGUGACAGACAGCAGAAUAGUGACACCCUGUGGCAUAUUAAGAUCAUUACCUGACGCAUAUGGUAUACAGCAUCGAAAAUGAGCCAGAUACAUAUUUUUUUCUUUAUGGCAGAGAUGGGAAUUGUGGAGUCACCAAGUCAUCUCCAUGCCAUGUAUUUGUUCUGCUCUUUCACUGAACCAGCUGCUUCCAAUGAGCAGCCAGGAAGGUGAGCUCAUUAGUGAAGGCACCUGGUUCAGUAACUGAGCAGAACAAAUACAUGGCAUGGAGAUGACUUGGUGACUCUACAAUUCCCAUAUCUGUUUUAUGGCACGUACGGACUUCCUGAAACUUGACCCAGUUUUUCAAACCUGCUUGGGUACAAACAUGCAACAUCACUUUCCAGCAUAUAAGCAACCGCAGUCUCCAAAUAAUAACAUCUGGCGAGUGGCAAACUUUUAAACUUCUGUUUCAUUCAUCAUCAGUGUUGUGUUUAGCCUGAUGUCUGUGAAGGCAUGUCACCAAACAAACAAGGACAUCAUCUCCACCGGCUCUUGAUGCUUUGACUCGGGCAGAUGAGCAAACCUAGCUACAAAGAGUUUCAAAAGUUUGUUGCUUCCUUGCUAUGAGGACACGGCACACACUUAAAGAAAGCUGUGGCCAAAAGCUGCUCCUGUUUGACAGUCAUAAAGAUGAAAAUGAUGCACAAUCUCCACCUGAAGCAGAACAGUAAAAAUCCCAAAUGAAGUGCAGUUAUGACCUUGUACUGUAACCCUGCAAGAUACACAGCUUGCAAACUCUCAGUCUGCGACUUUAUAUACCAGAUGUUGGAGUUUCAGACUUUAGGUUGUAAAAGUCGUGUUUUCAAAGUCUCCCCAAAGUCUUCCAGUCCAUGGCAGACACAACUUCUAGUAGGAGGAAUAUGCAUAAUAUCACUACAGGGUUGUUUACAGCUUUACUUACACAAGCUUAUAAAUGUAGAAGAAGUGGGACAUGUUUUGACAUCAGAAGCUCAGAAAUGGAGAUGUGGAGCCUGAGAGAAAAUCUCUGACAUGAAUAUUUUGGAUUAAAGUUACCCUCCCUCUAAGAAAAACAAAAAUAUAUUUUGCUGUUAGCGCAAGAGGAAACACGGACGGGGACAUUUAGUACAUCUCCACAUAUUUCUUUGAGCUAGUUCCUCCCAUUAACCAGCCUCAAACUACGGCUCCAAACAGCAGUAAAAAAUAAAUCAAACAAAAGACUGCAUGUGUGCUUCCUACUCUCUGUGCAGCUAAUCUUAUAACCUAAAGCUAAUCUGGCUGUGUAACAUCUGACCUGCAGUCUCAGGCUGUGAAUUGAUAUUGAUUAUUAGAGUGUAGGAGCUCUACCUCACGCUGUAGAUUAGGACCUCCAUGAUUACAGACAUUCUCUGUGCAUGAAGCAAACUUGCAGCCACAGCAAAUAAAUCCACUUAAUAGACCUGCCAGGUGAGCACAUUGAUUCCGUUCUGCAAGGAUGUUAGUAAGAGACGCUGACGGGGCGCUUGGCUUGGCUCAGUGAUCAGAACAUGUGCUUCAUAAACACAAGCUUCACUUUGACCCUGGACCAUGAGCUGCAUCUUAUACCCACCAACUCUGUCCUCUGAAUAACUCCCAUCUCUUAAGCAGUAAAGGCAAAAAUGGUGCUAAAAUGGUGCAAAAAAAAAUCAUCUAGAAAAUAAACAACACCAACAGUCCAAGGGGAAAUUGAUUGCUUUAGCAUAUCAAAUCAAAGAAGGAUGUAAAUGUUUGUCUCAUAUCUGUUAUAUCUUUUUUUUUUCAUUUGUUAAUCACAGAGAAUGGCUUAUCCAGGAAUCACAUCCAGCAGUUUUCUCGCCAGCUUUGUGCAAAUGUAAUUAGGGCCUGAGCACUUAAUGGUGCGCGCGCUCUAUUGUAAUUGCUCUUGAUAGAUUUCUUAUUUUCAUUUAAACAAAUCAAUUGCAUUCUUCAAUGCUUGAGAACCUUCUGAAAUAUGCACUGGUGGAGACAUUAUAAAAAAAUAUUUAUGUUUUGUUGGUGCCAUAAAUAAGCAUCGUAAAUCAGCUUGAAAGCUUCUCCUGGCAGUUUUCAAAAGAACAGUCCUCUCUGCAGUUUCACCCAUUAAGAUGAAAUUCAGUACACAUAUCUGACUCCAUGGAAAUUUUCUCAAGACAUACAGCAACAAGGAGACUUUAAUAUUGAAAAGUUACUCAGCCUCUAUGCUUCAAACUCAAACGGGGACAAGUGUGUUAAGCACUCAGAGUUCAAUGCCUCCCCAUCAAGCAGGAAGUAGGUUUUUAUCAGCUGUAAAUGCUCCAUUCUGAGCCAGAUUUACCAUGUUUGAUAAGGGUCCAGGUUAGAAGCAAGAAAAGGCAAGUUUAUUUGCAUAGCACCAUUCAUACACAAAGCAAUUCAAAGUACUUUACAGAUGCAGGGAAAUACAAAAGAAAUUAUAAAACAGAGAAUAAAAAAAAAAUGAAAUUAAAAAAAGGCAUCUUAAAAUUAAUAAAAUAUUAAAACAUAAUAUUAAAAUGUAAUUUAAAAUCAUUAAAACAGUUGAAAUUGACAGAGCAGCAAAGUAGAAGUAAGAGGAAAUGACGCCAUUGCAAAGCUGCAGUAAACAGUAACGUUUUCAGCCCUGGUUUAACCCUAGAACACUAUUGCUAAAAUUAAUAACACCAUCACUAUCGCUAUAUAUAUAUAUAUAUAUUAUAUAUAUAUAUUUUCAGCAUGUCAAAGGCAAUGCUGAAGCUACCCAGGGACCAUGAUACUCAGACAAAUGCAACAUAAUGAAAAUCAUGUAAACAUGUUUGGUCGAGUGAAAAUCACCCAGCGAUGAUGUUUUAGGGUUAAAUGAGCUGGCAGUUUGCGCGCAUCUAAGGUGUUAAGGGAGUUUCUCAUACCCAGACAUUUCACAUAUCGCCCCCUGGUGGCGACAUGAAAUGCCCUGCCUUUACUCCACACACAAAUGGUCAAACACUAUUUUCCAACACACUAAUAAGUCAAUCUGUCUUUAUAUGUAUUGCUCCAAUUCACAACAAAUGGUAAUUCAUAAGUCUACGCCUAAUGCUGUUGCCAUGGCAGUAAACUGUUUGCCAAUGAACAGGGAGUAACUUUGAGAGGAUCUUGAAAUCCCCCUUGAGCUUGGUAUACAGGUGAAAUAGACACAAACAAUGCAACAUCUAGCUUUUGUACAAAACUCAAAGGGUGCAGCAGUAACAUCUCAGCAGAGUUGACCAACUCUGGGGUAACAGCUGGGAUUAUUUCUCCAGCUGGGUAAAUCCAAACCACUUCUAAAACCCUUGUUCUCCAGCCAGUUUUUACUUUAAGAUGGUUUUUGGUUUUUGUUAUAAAUUCAGUGAGUGUUGCUUUAGUGGUUUGUCAAAGUUUUACAUUUCAUCACAUAAGCCACCGUAACUCAAACAUACAGGAUGUCAAACUGCCUCAAACUUCACUGAAAGGUUGAGAACAUCUUUAAUCCAUCAUAUUGUAUGUAGCCUACCGCCGUUCAUACUGCCACCUACGGACAAGGAAGCCCUGUAUGACUCAGUAGGGUGGCUAAGAGUUUACUAGAGCCGUGUGCUGUCACCUCUUGAUGGGUGCAAAACACAAUAAUUUGGACCCAUUAUGUCUUUUCUUUCACUGACAGCGAUGGCAAAGCAACAACACACGGUGACUGCACCACUACAUGACUCACACCAAACCCAGACAUUAACUGCAACGUGUGAAUGUGCAUGGGUUGUUGCAGGUUUGAGUUACAGGGGUGUACAUUUAAAAAAAAAAUCCUUCAACCUGUCUAACAAUCUCAAUUUUAGAGUGUCAUAAUACAUUUACUUUUACAUGGGUUAAAACAAUGAGACCUUCCUCUAAUAUAAUACCCCAGUUUCUCCAAAGUGAUAAUAUCAGAUAUCACAGAUUGCCACAGCUUAUCAGAAAAAUCUUCAAUUCAAACACUUGUUGAUCUAAAAGUAAUAAAAAAACAGGGCUGUGCUGAUCAGACAUUACCCAUAGUUCAUAAAAACAUCUUUUUGAUUUAAAAAAAUUCUCUGACUAGAAUAUAACUCAGCUGUUAUAGUCGAUAAGAUCAGUUUUCAUUUUUAAUUAUAAGAACAUUUUAACAAGCGGCUGAGUGGAUGUUUGUCUUUCUGGGUAAUUACACACAUACAUUGUUCUGGGACUCUGGGACUGAGCUCAGUGCUCAUCAGAGUGGAGACGAAAACCAAAAGAAAACCUCUUCGUUAAAGUUUUCUCACACUCCAAACUCUGACCUGUCUUUAUUUCCCAGAGAGUGGCACAGUCAACAUCACUGAAGGAGACGUGAAGGUGAAUCAGGACGAGCAGGUGGAGUUCAGGUGUGUAAUGGCAGCUUGGUUUCCCACACCGAACGUCAGCUGGGCUCUAAAUGGCCAAACAGUGGACACCAAACUGUGGAACACCACCCACAUGGAUAAUGGGGAUUACGUCAACUCCACCAGUGUCCUGAAGUUUCAGGCUGUCAGAAACACAACCGUGGAGUGUCAGGCGACGGUGGAGACGCUUACAAAACCACAGACAAGCUCUGUUUUCCUGGUGGUUGGUAAGUAGAUCUCACCACUUCUUUUCUCUCAUUAAAAAGUCUCCCAACACAGUCCCUGUGCUCUUAAAUAAACAAACUACACAGCCGGUUUAUGCACCAGUGCAGGAUGUGUUACGACCUGGUAACAGACAGUAGUACCAAUAAUAUCAACUCUACUGCAACAACUCCUGAGAAAACAUGAUGAUUCCUGAAAUCCUGUAAGUGUUGAGUCAGAUGUGCAUCUAUGGUGACUCACAUAUGGGUGUUUUUUUACAUUUUGGAUAAAUUGGUAAAAUUGUAUAACAAAAACUGCCCACUGUAAGCACAUGGUGCAGACUGAAUCAGCACAUAUCUGUCCACAUUUUCUAUUUCAGCAGCAGAACCUUUGGACUUUAAGGGAUACUCCGGUAUAUUCUGAAUAUUUAUAUUUAUUUUUAUUUAAUAUUCAUCAACAGUACAUAUAGGGUCCCAGCCAUAGUACUAGCCACCAAACAUCUUUUUAGCUUUGCUUAAUUUGUUAAGCAAAGAGACUAAACAUAACUCACCCUCUCUCUUCCAGCAGCCGCUUGUUUGUAGGGAGUCAUCACUGAUUGCAGUGGGGUGACGCAGCUCAAGAAAGAACAUUUAUGAUCAUUACUUUAUCAUUUCCUUGAGAUAAUAUUCAUCAUAUUAAUAAUUUUGCACUGCAGACGCGGUAGUUCUUCGGCCUUAGCGUCUGUCUGAUCCAUUUUCAUGAAGAAAUGAUCAUAAAUGUUCUUCCUUGAGCUGUGUCACCCCGUUGCACUCAAUGGACUCACCUGGAGGUCUCACUACAAACAAGCCGCUGCUGGAAGAGAGUGGGUGAGUUGUGUUUAGUCUCUUUGCUAAAGAAAUCAGGCAAAGCUAAAAAGAUGUUUGGUGGCUAGUACUAUGGCUUGGAACCUAUAUGUACUGUUGAUGAAGUUAGGUGCUGUUCUGAGAAUUAUUUGUGGCUAUAGAGUGGCUUUUUGGUUGAGCCUUUGGCUCUCUGUAUUGCUAUCUGCGGCUGUUACUUAAGUUGGUAUAAGUAGAGGAGCAAGAGUUCGGCAACAUUCAUCUCUUGAUGGGGUGUCUAACUCGGUGUUACGGUGUGUCUGACCCUAACUCAAUUUUACGCCCUUUCCCUUUAAAAUCGUUCAGACCAAUCACUGUGUCUGAUUUCAUCCCCUUUAGGAGUCAGGUGAUCCUGCAGAGGCAAAUUGCUCUACAUUGGUGAUGUCUCAGGCAGUAGAUUACGGUGAGGAUAUAAGAAGAUUGCAGUGAUGGUGUCCUAGUCUGAGAUAAGGAAAAAUUACUCAUCUCCACGUCCUCUGCCGCCCCUUCCCCAAUUUUAGACAUUUUCUGCUUCCUCUUCACCUUUGCACCUGACUACACAGGUGAACAUUAUAUUUUAAGAGUUGCUGCAUAAUUUUGUCCCUGAAUUUUCAUACAUCACUUUCAUUGAUCUAGACAGACUCAUCAAGGUCUCUCAUCUUUAAGUGUUUUGUUAAAGUUGGAGUUUUUUUUCUUCUCACCUUGUGUCCUCAAAGUUACAAACAUGCACAGGCCGAACACCAUUAAACAGGUACAAGAGAGGCAGUGAGAAUAUGUAUGGUACACUUGUUGCAGAUAAAAAAAUAAAUAAAACAAAACAAAAAAAUCUUGAUUAAAAGAUGAAAAAUGUGUCCUAAGUCCUCAUUGUCGACAUUUUUAUUGACAAAAAUAACUCUUACUCUCAUUGUUUGAGCUUGCAAAGCUAAAGACAACACAAUUUUUCACAGUUUUGAUCAAACAUAAUGCUAAAACAAAGCUGAUCGAAUGUAGAGUGAAAAAGCAAAACUUUAUGGACUGUUUUGUUGUACCUUUACUUUGUGAUUCCUUUAAAAGAUCUGCUGUAUUUAAUCUCAUCUCUCUAGCCAUGCCUCACAAAUGUCUACAAAUCCUCAAAUAGACCCUCUGUAUCCCUGACAUUAACAUAUGACCUGUGUAAUUUCAGAGUAAUCCAAUCAGAUCUGGUUCUAACCAAAUAAAAACCCCAUUUGACACGUACUGAGGAGAAAUUAGAUCAACAGUGUACAGUUUCAUCCAGACUGAGCACUUAUGCAGCAUGAAAAACAUGCUGUCCAAGACAGAGACUGACUAUUAUUAGUCCAAGUCAUUAAAGACAACUUACUUCAUUGUGAUCUGUGUUGUGUUUAUCCACUGCAGCUUUGAAUAACAGAAAAGACUCACACAUUUCUUAAAGGGAGUGAAAACCUGUGACCAAACUGCAGUUUGAAGAGAAAACUCCAAUUUAGAUCAUUUGGCGAAAUAAUCUUUUUUGUUAUCAGCUCAUAUGAAAAAAAAAAAAAGUGUUUACUAAACGUUAUCUGACACUUGUAUGUAAUCCAUGUAAUUUCUUUGUAAUAUGAAACUGAAUCUGUAUGACUUUGGACUUUACAAGAACUAUAAAAACCAGAAUACUCACAUUCACUAUUUUUGGUACAUGUGUUUCAUAUCUAACUUGUGAAAACACCAUCUCAGAUCAUUAGAUGUGACAUAUCAGAGAAAUCAGAGAGAAAAAUAAUGUGUGUGUGUGUGUGUGUGUGUGUGUGUGUGUGUCAAGUUUCACUAUGUAGUGUCGUGUCUUAAAGCUCCUGUGAGGAACUUAGUUUGUGUAAAUUUGACUGCUGACAGUCAAAUCUCUUAUUUGUCGUGAAUUUAUGUUGUAAACACGGGGCUAUUUCUUCAGCUGACACCAAUCGCUUUAGUUUCAGGUAUUAAAAAUUAAAGUGCAAAAGUCAUCAGUCUUGUCAGUUUUGAUCUUCUUUGUCUUUGCAUAUGCUAAAGGCAUCAAAGUGAAUUUUAGCUGAUUUCAUAAAUGUCAGUUAACUCUUCUGGAAUUUUAUAGAGGAUUUCUUUUAUAGGCAUUUCUUCAUGGAAAUGAUAUCAGACUGAGAUGCUAAGGCAGAAGAACUACAGUGUCUACAGUGCAAAAUGAUUAAUAUGAUGAUUAUUACUUCAACGAAAUGAUAAAGUAAUGAUCAUAAAUGUUCUUCCUUGAUCUGUAUCAUCCCGCUGUAGUCUGCAAUGGAGUGGCCUGAGGUCUUGCUACAAACAAGCGGCUGCUUGAGGAGAGUGAGUGAGUUGUGUUUAGUGUCUUUGCUAAAGAAAUUAGGCAAAGCUAAAAAGAUGUUUGGUGGCUAGUACUAUGGCUGGGACCCUAUAUGUACUGUUGAUGAAGUUAGGUGCUGUUCUGAGCAUUAUUUGUGGCUAUAGAGUGGCUUUUUGGUUGAGUGCGUGGCUCUCUUUAUUGCUAUCUGCGGUCGUUACUAAAGUUGGUAUAACUAGAGGAGCAAGUGGUCGGCAAAAUUCAUCCCUCGACCCGGUUGUCUAAGUCGGUGCUACAGUGUCAAUUUUUUGCCAGAAUAUCCCUUUAAUAUUAAUCCCUUUAUCCCUUUAAGCCCUUGCAAACACAACUACUGUGUGUGUUGGCAAACCAGUGUCCAGUAGCCUGUUUACCAGAGAGUCUGAAUCCAGAUUUUCCUGCUGUCUUCCAUCUUAUAUCAAUUAUAUCAAUUUACAAGAUAAAACAACAUUUCUCCAUGGUCAUUUCACCUCCAUGUUAAUUCUGCUGAGACUGCACUUGGCUGAGGCCACAUCUGUGAGGGUAAUCUGAAACUGGGGUGAGGCCAUGAUACAGAGUCCCUUUUUCUUUUGGAGUUCUCCAGGUAGCAACAUUUACAUAAGGGCUUCUGAAAUCAGAAUAUGAUGUUUACCCAGACUAACACAAAAACUAGUUAUUUUUAAAAAUCCAUCAAAACCAGGACACUUAAUCCACAAGACACACUCUUUGUGAUAUUGGAGGACUACCACCUUGCUCACAUGGACUGCUGUAUUAGAGCUUUUUUCUGGGUCCCUUCCAGCAUCCGUGAAAAGACGAAAGACCCAGAACUCAGUAAACUUGCAUCUUAACUUUUUUUGAAAAAUCUGCCGUGAAAUUGCACAUUUUUAAGACAACGGUCACAGAAAAGCUCACAAACGCUGUAGGGGCUGUUUUAUGCUGACGCAGUCUGGAGUAGAGGAGUAUGGUAAUGAUAUGGGUUUUUCUGUAAGAUAAGAGAAUCUGUGGGAUAAGCAGCACCAUCUGUUUCUGCAACUGCAAUGUGUAAAAGGCAGGGCCAUUAUAUUUUUAUAGAGGCAGUGAGAUAAAAGGUAAUUAAAAAGUGCUUUAAAAGGGGAAAGAAAUUAAGUAAAAGGGUUAAGAGAGCACCAGGAUUGAUUUUACGUGACAACAAAAACACAAAAAGGAAUAUUUUAUUUAUUUUAGUAUCAAAAGUCAGUCUGAACAGAUUUUAAAUCAUAAAAAGGUAUUGAAGAAAAAAAAAUUCAAACUUUGUACAUGCAGUAUUUUUUUCUAUAACCUGAAGCAUAUCCUCUGCUUUUUCCUCUUUUUUGUUGUAUUUAGUUCUUUAAAUUUCAAUAGUUUCUUUAAGGAUAACAAACUUUUUUUUCUUUGAUUCUUAAAUCUUGUCUUUCUUCUGUCACAGUGCCGAAGCCUCCGGAUUGGACCGUCCUGAUUGCCAUGGUUGUGUCCAUCGGAGGGUUUGCUCUGCUGGUUUUACUCAUCAUAGGAAUCAUCUUCUGCUACAAACGCCGGAAAGAAAAAAGUAAGUCUGUGUGAGAAUGUUAUCCUAGUCUCCUGUUUUUAGGGGUAAAACUCACCUGCAUAUCAUGGUCAACAGUUUUUUGAGCAGCUUCUGUGGAUGGCUCAUACCGAUUAAAAACAGGCUGCAGAUCUUUCAUUAAGGUUUAUAGGAGGUUUUACUCUCAGUGAAAGUUGUGUUUCACAAAUGAGUUUUUGACCAGGGAAGUCUGAAUCUGUGAAUAGAUUCUGAGUGUGAGUGAAAAGAAGGAAUUCAUCUGAAUAAUGAAUAAAAAGUGUUUGUGGGAUUUCAUAAACUUUUCUAUAGAUUUCUAGAAGUUCCUCCAAAAUCCUCUGUGUCUCCUUUGGGGCUCCACAGGAUAUUGAAUUACUAAUCAGUUGAUUUAUGACCUCAGGAAACUCUUUUCAAAUAAGUUUAUGGUCUUAAACUUAACAUCCAAUUAGUCUUCAACACAGCGGGGGUCUGCAUAAUGCUAACUAUGAUUCAGUUUAGAGUAAACUUUAAAAAAAGGAUUUUCAUAUGCAGUAUUUGAAGGAGACCUGUCAUUAGUAUAGUGUUGAGUUGGGUUAUCUGUAGAGUAACUCUGUGUCACCUGCAGCUCAAAAAACUCCUAAAUUAACAUAAACUAGUGUCCGUGAAAACCCUAAACUGAGCUUCAUUAACCCUCUGUCUUAAAGACCCACUCCGAUGAAAAUCAUGUUUUUCUUGUCGUCUAUAUGUUCAUAAGGCAUUUUUCUGAUGCGAAAGAACAUAUCAUGAGAAAAAUACAUGCAAAACUGUAUUUCUGGGUAUUUCUGCCUUCAAAUUGCUGUGAAUCUCUGGCAGAUCCAAACUGCAGGUUCAGACACAGUGAGGUUUCCUACGUAGCAAAUCCAAGCUCCACCCCUGGAGCCUCGCUCUGUAGGCCAGACUCCAAGAAGUAGAGAGGACGAUCACAGAACAAGCGUGUGGGGUAGCGGAUUGCAGUGCUCGUGAGAAAGCUAAUUUUGAUUUUAACUUUCAUCAUACCUCCAAAGACAUUAGUGUCCAAGAGCUGAAUAGCUCCUAUGUUACCUGCUUCUUACACUGGCAAUGUUAGGCUACAAGCUAGCGUGAAGAAGAGUGUGCAGAGCAGCGCUGUCUCCGCCCAUGACUCAGAGGUGAAUUGAUAAUGAGCUACUGGAGCUCUGCAGAAGAAAAGCCCUUGAAAAUGACACAGGUAACGUUAUUUUGGCCCAAAACUUCAUAAUCACUAUUUGAAAACCACUGAGAACACUAUAAAUGGUAGAAAUAAAUAUAAUAGUGUGAAUUUAAACACUGCAUUCUGGCUGCUUUUCCAGUAAUAUUAAGUCAAAUUCAGUGUGUGGGAGUUACUUUUUACACAGCUUGGUAGUCAUGGAGCACAAACAUCUACUUUGUGGCUGUUGCCCCAAAAACAUGAAAACUUGCCAUUGUUUCUUGGUUCCUUCUUCUGUGGAAAUAGAAAAUAGUUGUGAAACUCUCAGAGACAUAUUGAGUCAACAAAGUGCAGAGCAGAGGAAAAAACAAGCAGCCUUAUUCACCUCUGAGAUAAGGAACAUUUGAAAGAUCUUUCAGGUGGGCGAGUCCUUCAACAUUUCCCUUAAUAGGACAGCAGAUGUCAAGCUCAGGCCAAAUCCUGCAGAGAUUGGAGAUUACUCCUUUAUCUCAUUUUCUGAAACUUUGCAGAGAUUUGAAAGGACAUCCAAGAUUGGAAUAUUAUAACAUUACAUUGUAUGUAUUAAAAUUCAGAUCAGCUAAAUCGGUCUGCAUUAAAGCUGUUUUAAAAAUAGACUGGAUUAAAUGUAGGCAUUUUUUUAAUGAUAUUUUGUAAUCUCAUUCUUCCUAGUCAAAAUGAACAUUACAGAUUUCCACCAUGACAUCCCUUCUAUCCACAGCUGUCGCUCCUAAAACACACUACAUCACUCUUUCUGGGACAAAUGACAUCAUAUCCAUGGAUUUCCAUCCAUAUUUAUUAGGGUUUAUUCAAUUUCAGAUAUCCACAGCAUCAUUCUGCCUAUCUAAAACGAACCCUUUGUGUAUCUGCAGUACGGUUCCUCCUAUAGGAAAAUUGGUUCUGGUCGUGACCUUGGUUGUCUGAGUAAAGAGACUCUCCAAACAGUUACAGGGACUGACCCAACAGGGCAAUUGACAAUUUCUUUAAAGGUCUAACAUAGUGAAAAACUCACUUUUCCUUGCCAAUCCAUGUUAACUUUAGUCAUACAGUUGGUGCUAAUUUGUUUGUUCUAACCACUUCACCUCAGACCAAUUCAAUGAGAGCUAACCACAAAAAGUUGCACAUAGAAGACAAAAAAGUAGGAAUAAUACUCAGGGCUCUAUUUUCGUGUCCGCCGGGGACGCGGCGGAGGGUGGCGGACCCCAGCGUACAGCCAGUUUGGUAUUUACGUAGACUGAGGCGCACCGAGGUCCGCCACGCGUUUGGACCCACUGGAUUCUGAUGGGGAGUUCUGAAGCCCGAGUUUAGGUGGGCCUUCAGCUUCUUGACGAACAGCCACAAUGGGGCCCACCUGUCAAAUGAGUUGGCCAUGCCCAUAAUUAUGUAAAAAUCAUUGCAGUAAUGUCUUUAAAACACCGUACUCAGACCAAUUACCAUUUUUUUUUUCGUACCAUGGUUAUUUCUGCUGUAAAAAAAAAAAAGACUUUCUGCUUCCAGAGCCAGCCUCAAGUGGACACUGAGGGAAGUGCAGUUUAGCAUUUCUGCAUUGCGUUCAUUUCUCAAAACCAUGGCUUGCUGCUUGGUAGUGCACUGACACUUGUUCUCUUGGUGCACUCGCCACUUAUUUUUUAUUUUGGUGGGGUUUUUUUGGUCUAUGUGCAAUACCUAUGAAAACAGCUGCCACUCUCUGGCAGAGCCAAUUAUGCUAGUUGUGCUCUAAACUUUCAAUUCAUUUUGCUGUUAACAUAAAUAAAUAAAGCGGUGAGUUUUAAAAAAUCUGGCUAGACGAGGAUAAAAAAAAAAUUGACAUCUUGAAUCUGCCACUAAUAAUGGUAUUAUAAUCAUCAUUAAAUGCAAUUCAUACCAAUGACAAUCAAAUUUAGAUCAAGAGAAAUAUUAUCAUUUAAUGCAUCACACUGACAUGUUCUAAUUUGUUUUCUUAUAACCCUCAUUAGAGUCCAGCUACCAGGAUGAAAUGAGGUAAGAAGACUCUAAAAGGAUGAAAACUGUAUCAGCACUUCAUCAUUCCACCUUUUCUUCUCAGCAUGACCUUCUGCAGCUGUCCACACACUGUAGUAUUAUCAGACUGUUGACAUUCAUGUGUAUGUGUAACAGGAGGGUGAGGACACAGAGUCAGCUCAGUGCUGUUACGGCAGCUGGACGGGGUCAAGUGAAUGCAGGAUACGUGAAGGACGGCCAGACAAGUAAGAGAAGUGCAUCUGCACAAAUACACACAAGUUAUACAGACAACAUCUGAUAAAUCAGCACUCCAAUCCUGUAGAAAGGUCAUAGGAAACUUCUGAAAAGUCUGAACUCCUGUGUUUAUGUCUUUGUUCACAGGGGUUGCUGGCAGUGACAUCACAGACAGCGGCUUCUCCCAGGCAAAUGGCUCCAGUUAUUUUGAGGUAUGUUUGUAACAUCAGGAUAGAAAGCAAAAAGGUUAAUCAUUUAAGAAAAAAUUUAAACACAUUUGUUUAAGGAUAUUACUAUACAAGAAUAGCAAAAGAAAAGUAUUAAAAAAAACAAAAAAACAAUAGGAACAGAAACAUUGAACAUCAAGCUCACAGCACGCAAAAAGGAGUAGGAUGAAGUUUUCACGAUUUUACCCCCAAAACCGUCUUUACACACUUUAUUUAAACUAGCCUCUCAAAAUGUAUUAUUACAAAUUUAUCAAGUCUUAUAACUGCGAUCUUAUAACUAUGAUUGAUUAUAAUAACAGCUUAUAGCAACGUUUAUGAAGUGCUUAUAAGCAGUGAGCAUUAUGCCUCAUAAAUGUAUGGUUCAUUAAAUAUUUUACCUUAAUGCACAUGACAAAUUUACAGUCUAAUUAUGAAACUGUACUAUUUUUGUAGAGCAUUUUUGUUUGAUGCUUUACUGACAGCCACAAAUACUGGUUAUAACUCCUUAUAAAUGCGUUAAAGCAGUGGUUCUCAAGUCCAGUCCUCGAGGCCCACUGUCCUGCAUGUUUCGGAUGUUUCCCUGCUCCAACACACCUGAUUCAAAUGAUCAGCUCGUUAUUAAGCCAUUACAGAGCUUGAUAACGAGCUGAUCAUUUAAAUCAGGUGUGUUGGAGCAGGGAAACAUCCAAAACAUGCGGGACAGUGGGCCUCGAGGACUGGACUUGAGAACCACUGCAUUACAGGAACAUACAGUAUAAUUGUUAAUAACCUCACCCAGUGCUCUCACUUGAUUUAGAGCACCCAAAAUCAGGCUUUAGCAUGUUGUUAGUAUUAAUCAGACAUUGAUUUCAGAACAGAGAAUCAUAGAAAUUAUAACUUUAAAAAAUUUUAUAUAGAAAGAGUUCUUUAUGUACUGUCAUAAUGGUGUUAGAGUUAUGAUGUGUUACCAACCAAUAAUAAAAAGGUGCUGUUUUUUUCUUGUGCUUUAUGGUAUAAUACAUAACAAACCAUAUAAUGCUUAUAAUGUUCACUGCUUAUAACUCUAUUAGCUGUUAUGAAUUUUUAUAAUAGCUUAAAAGGUCAGAAAUAAAGCCUUAUAGAUUCUUUGGAGAUGGGUUUUUGUCUCAGUCAGUAAACAUGUUUCAUAAUCUAUAUUAAGACAUUUGAAUAUUGAAUCUAAUUAUUUUAUGUAUAAUGGUUUUUUAAGAAAGGUAAUGAAGCGUGAAGAUGGUGGUCACCAUACCGUCAAUACUGACACCAAUUAACUUCCUCAGAAACCAGUAAAGGGGUUGGGUUAAGGUCUUACAUCCUGGGAAACAGCUACACUAAACCAAUCUGUCAGUGUGAGUAAUUUAAAAGUUUUUCCCAGUUACAAACAAAACAUUUUUUUAAACCAGAUUGUUAAUAUGUUUUUUAGACAACCUCAAGUGGACACUUGUGGAAUUGCAUGGCUUUUUUAGCUUCAGGCUCUGGCUUCAUUUUUCAGCUUUGGUUUAAACUGUUUCAUAGAGAUUAGAGUGCCAGCAGAGUUUUUUUUUUAGUUGUAAUGUUCCCUCUUAUAAUAAUAGGAUUGUCAGGAUCUUUGGCUUAUCCAAAUGUCCAAACUUUUUGGACAUCUUAAAGUGUUUCAAGAAUGAUUGCUGAGGUUUGUCCUAAUCCAACACUGAAAUGAUCCUAAAGCGGACUAAAUCAAACUUUCUGUAGACUUCUAGGGAGCUCACUUUGUGUGCAGACUUCACCAGACUACAAUGAUUCGAGUAGCCACAGAGUGAUCUCAAAUUAAAGUGUGACUUUUCCAAACACCCACCUAAAAUGAAAGUACUUUUAUUACAGUGCAUUUUACAGUUUGUGGCUUGUGUCAUAUUUCAUUAAGUCCAGAGGGUGGACAUUCAGAUUCAGUUUUUGCCUCGUACUCUCUCACAAAUGAGGAGAAAUUGGAGGUCAGAAAGGACAACCGUUUUUUCUUUUUUUUUCGUUCUCAGGAGGGAGAGCAGAGAAAGUUUUCCUUUUAACACCACAAAUGUAUUUGUGUCCCCUGGGGGAUGCAGGAAAACAGGACUAGAAUAGUUUUAAUGGUUGUGCACAACAGGCCAUAAGUGUACAUUGACAUAAAGCAGAGAGAGCCGUGCUGCAGAGACUUGAGGGAUUCAUUUUCUGAAUCUUGUUAAAAAAUAAGGCUGAACUUCCUCACCUUGAAAUGCUGAGUUGUUGCAUCGCUCUUACAAAUGAAACGAGCAGACAUGUGGAUUUAUUUUCUUUGGUCAUAAAGAUGUAAAUCAUUUUAUGUGUCAUUUAUCAGCCAUUGUAACACGUGGGUAACUCAUUGUUUCCACAUUAAACUAAUUCAUGUAAUAAAUGAGCUGCCUCUUAAACUAAUACAUUAUUCAAGCUCACAAUUACAGCCUCGUUAUUUUUGAAAUGAUUGUCAUUUAUGUGGAGCAAUAAACUUUCAUAGUUUAUGUGUGUAUAAACUUUGACUUCAAAUGCCAAAGGGUAGAGAAAUGCACAGUGUGCAUUAUUUAAGGUGCAAAUUAGCGAUCCUAAAAAGGCUAAUUAGAUGAGGGAUGAGACCCUCCACUUUCCAUCAGGGUACAGCCCACCGAGUUAGGACUCUCAUUUGAAUAACUACCCACUAUCUUUUUUUAAACCCAACAAUCAACCAAAAAGCCGACUAAGGAUUAGUUUGACAGAUAAUGUAAAUAAAUCAGAAAUAAAUUUGAUUAGCUAAAAGCUAAAGUCCUUCUGAUUCCACUCAAAACCUUCCUGUGGUAACAGAUUCUUGUCAGUCUCCUUAGGAAACAAAUUCACUUUAAACUUAACAUCGAGAUUAGUAAUGUAGUCAUGCUCUCCCCUGCUCUGUUGCCAUUACCUGGAUUGCAGGACAAAAUUCUGCCCCACAUUUCCUUUAAAAUAAACAUUAAACCCAGGGAUGUUUGAAGUCCAGAAGCUCCUCAGGCUGCUCUCACAUGUGUGUUUACCUGCUGUCAUUAUUUACCUGCUUUUAAGACCAGCCUCUGAUGAAAACUAAUGUUCUUAACAGGCAGAGGUGAAACUUUUUACCUUUUUAAAAACUGAAAUGUGUAAUCAGCACUCAAGCACUUUUUUGUUUGUUUUUUUUGAGAAGUAAUUACUGUUAUUAUGGGGUUUGAAAUCGAUCAGAAUCAAGUAUCUAUCCUAGUUGGGUCAUAAUAGCAUUUGUUUUCUGCCUCUCUUUCUAGCCAGUUGUUAGAUAUUUGAUUCUGAUUGGUUUAAGCCCCUUGACAAUCCUGAAUAUAGAGAGGAAUACCAGGCACAACCUGAGGCCUGUACUACGAAGCUGGAUUAACAAAUCCAGGAUAACUCUGCGACAACUCGCUCAACUUCACCGGAUCUCCGCGAUCCCGAUCAGCUGUACUACGAAGCAGGAUAUCAACUCGAUAACUGAAUCCAGUUCAGAUCUGUGCGCGCACACGUAAAGGGGGUCGGGUCAGUGCCACCGGACCAAUCUCCACAAUGGAGAAGGCUGCACGUCAUUUUUCACAGCUGAAGAACAGAGCUUUAUUUAAACAGUGAGACAGACACAGCCGCUAAAUGCCGGAGGGACUGCCGGCAAAAAAAAUCACCGGUUGUGUAAAUUACAUUUGUGCGUUCAUAAAUUUAUGGCCCCCUAAUAUAUUGUCAUGCAGCGUGUGUGAUCACCUCCAUCACUGACCUCAUUAUUUCAGAUACAACAGCAGUGGGGAAAAGAGUACGUGGGAGCAAAUAAAAAUAAAUCUAAAAACAUCCUUUAAAGUAGUUUGUAAGUUUAUUGGAAGAUUUUAUUUGUACAUAUUUCAACGCGUAAACAGUGAUUUCCUCACACUGCCUUUUUUUUUUCUCCAUCAUCUGAUGGUCACGUCAUCUGCAGACACAUUUGGGGUUAAGAGUUUUCUAAUCUGCGUCAAUGAAUUCUGAAUGAUGACUAACAAAUUUGAACCUGGAGCUUGGCAAAUAUUAGUGUAUUGCUUAGACUUCUUGCUACCUGAAUAUUCAGGCCGUCCGAGGAAAACCUGUAACGUUCAUAGAGAACGUCAUCAGGUAAAUCAAACGGAUUUGAACGAUCAUGAAUAUAACGCUCUCGGCAGAGCGCUCCUCUCACUAUCCGUGUCUCACUAACGAUGUCCCCGGGAUCCGGCAAAAGUGGGCAAGCCAUUUUCCAAGAGAUCUGAUUGGUCAUCGGGCGUUUUUUUAUACCUGCUGAGAUCUUAUCCUGAAACAUAACCUGCUCCGGAGCAGGUUUGGCGUUCCGCGUAAGUUACCGGGGCAACGGACCCGGAUAAAAAGAGAUCCACCUUCGUAGUACAGAAAACCCAGAAGUUAUCCAGAAGUUAUCUCGCUAAGACCAAAUCCAGCUUCGUAGUACAGGCCUCUGAUCAGAUCAAUCUGUGUAAAAGAGUUUAUGCUCAUUUUACUUCUGCUUGCUGGUAAUGUAGCAGAAAUGAUACACACAUACGAAAUGCUGGUUAGCAUGCUAAAGUGGUAAGCGAGUUUUAAGUGGACCCAUCCUGCAAUCCAGCCAACAGCUGCAGAGCUGGUGGGUGCAUCCUUGAAUUACUGAUAGCUCCAAGAAAUUUAAAUCAUAAGGGGCAGUGAUAAAUGUUUAAGUGUGACAUUGGGCUCAUUUAUAUUUAAUGGUAAGUCUGAGGACAGAAAUGUCAGCAUUAAUAUUUCGGCAUAUUGGACUCUGGUUGGUGAUUUUUGCAGACAAGGUAGCAUAUUGAAUUUUCCUUCGGGGAUAAAUAAAGUUAUUUGUAUUUUUAUAACUAGCGCCUGGUUUUGCUGAAGAUGCUUAAAGAGGCCAGGCUGACUCGCAUCAGUUGUGGCUAAUGCACUUUCUGAUGACAUGUAACACAUAAAAACCUUACUUAAAAAAAUACAGAAAUACUCCUUUAAGUAGGCAGCCAGAUAAUAAGCAGGAUAAUCAGGGAGUUAGCUGGUGUUUGCACAGUGUCUUGUCUCACCCUGUCAGAAUUUCAUGCAGCAUAACCACCAGCUGGAUGUACAUUAUCUCUCAUUUACCCUCAGGAUCAGCCUGAAACUUAAGCUAACAUAUUUGCCACAGUGUCAACAGGCAGGGGUGAAAUGUGCAGGUAGAUCUGUCAUAACAGGUGCAAUCAGGUUGUCCUUGGUGCCAGUUUCAUUUGGGGGAAUUAAUUAUUAUUGUUGUGGGGUUUAAUCCAAUCAGAGUCAAGUAUUUUAGACAAAAAAUUUAUGAAGUUAUGUUUAAUUCUUUUCUUUUAGAUGCCCGAUGUUAUAAAACACAGACAUGUCACCAUCGUUUAA